AUGGGGAAAGGAAGAGCACCAUGCUGUGACCAGAGCAAAGUAAAGAGAGGGCCAUGGAGCCCAAAAGAAGAUCUUACUCUCAUCACUUUCAUUCAGAAACAUGGCCAUCACAACUGGAGAUCUCUUCCCAAACUUGCUGGAUUGAUGAGGUGUGGGAAGAGUUGUAGACUGAGAUGGAUAAACUAUCUGAGACCGGACGUGAAGCGAGGCAACUUCAGCAAAGAGGAGGAAGGUGCCAUCAUUCACCUCCAUCAAACCCUUGGAAACAAGUGGUCAAAGAUCGCGUCCUAUUUACCAGGAAGAACCGACAACGAGAUAAAAAACGUGUGGAACACUCAUCUCAAGAAACGACUCUUUCCCAACUCAUCUCGCUCAUCUUCUUAUUCAUCCAUCUCUUGCCCUCAAGAUCGAACCACAGAAGCAAAUCAAAACAAGAACUAUGCCGUCGUCCAAGAAGAAGGAAAUUCAAGGGAUAAUGAGAGCCAAGACUCACCUUCCUCGUCUCAUCUCCACGGCAAAAAUAUGCACAAAAAGCCAGAGCUUCAUGAGGCUAAUGAACUCCAGGAGAUCCAACUCCUUCUCGACCUUGACGACUUUGAUGAUAUAACCUCAGCGUUUCUUCAAACAACCGAAACGUUAUUGCCAGUGCAACCACUAGACUCGCUUCUUCAGACUCACACCUUAACCGGGUUUCACAAUACAGGCGGAGCGACUCAAGAGGCAACCGAACUGCAACCAUUUGAUCAUUCUCAACCGGAAAUUCCUUGCGGAUUUGAAGAAACAAACGGAGAAUUUGAUUUGUGGUCGCAGCUGGUUGAAUCAAACUCGCCUACGCCUAGUCCUACUAGUGAAGAGUUCGACGAGUGGCUCAGCUUUAUGGACAACCAAACUUACUUUGAUGACUUUACUUUGCUCGGAGAAGUAUGCCUAUGAAUAAAUGCACGACCAUAAUGCCUGAUGAGUGUUGUCUUAACUUUUGAAUAUUAUUUCUCAAAAAAAACUUUUAAUAUUACAAAUAUCACCUGUAUUUAUAAACCUAUAUGCAUCAUCUCUUCAACUUUGACAUUAUACUU